CCAUAAAAAUAUAUUUCAGCAGUGCUUGUGAUAAUUUUUUUACUAAAUUUCGUUUUGAUAUCGUUUCUUCGAUACAUUUCUAACAGCUCCAGCUCAAUGACAUCUGUUUACAGACGUAUACAGUAAUUUUUGUCAGCUUCGUGCAUUUAUUUAUUUCAUAUAAAACUAAUAAUGUAAAGAAACUCAGUAAAUUAUUUAGAAAAUACAAGUAGUCUUUUGUCCUGCGAAUCUCGCUACUUAUAAAUUACGAUAUACUCAAAGGGAGUGCAACCGAACGAAAAACGAAUCAAUCAGGGACAAAGACAAAUGGCCAAAAUGAUCACUUCAAAUUUUGUGCGUUCUACCUGCAGCAUUUCACUGGUGUUUUUGGCAUUUUGCAUAGCCGACUCUGCCACCGAUGAGAAUCUCUCAAUACAACGCUAUUUGUCCUCAGAUGACACAAGUUUAAGCACAAAUAAGCGCAUUCAACAGAUUAUGCAGGGCGGCUCAGCUGAUAUAAAUUGGCCACAACCACCUAAAUUAAAAGCUGAGAAAAUCGAUGUGAAAGAGGAAAUCGAGAAAUUAAAUACAACUUAUGUGUAUCAAAGCGCUUGGCCAGCUGAUGAACUGAAACUGGGUGCAGUGAGUGCGGUGAGUUUUGACAAGGAAGGAAAUGUGGUUAUAUUUCAUCGUGUAGAUCGUCUUUGGGAUGGCAAUACGUUCAACAACCGCAAUGUUUUUCAACAACGGAAAAAGGGACCCAUACGCGCUAAUACCGUAUUGGCAUUAGAACGUAAAAGUGGUCAUGUCGUGUAUGGUUGGGGAAAGGACUUAUUCUAUAUGCCACAUGGUUUGACCAUCGAUCAUGAAGAUAAUGCUUGGGUAACCGAUGUGGCGCUGCAUCAAGUUUUCAAAUUUGGUCCACGCGGCUCUAAUGACAAACCGCUACUGACUUUGGGUACUGCUUUUACACCCGGCGUAGGUGAUACGAAAUUUUGCAAGCCCACUUCAGUUGCCGUACUCGAAAAUGGUGACUUCUUCGUGGCAGAUGGUUACUGCAAUGCACGUAUUUUGAAAUAUGACAAAGCUGGCAAUAAAAUACUUUCAUGGGGACAAAACUCAUUCUCUGGCAUGUCCUUCGAAGUGGCGCCAAAGAACUACUUCGCCAUUCCGCACGCACUCACGCUUGUGCCCGAACAGCAGCUAAUCUGCGCAGCUGAUCGUGAAAAUGGUCGUGUACAGUGUUUCUAUUGGACCAACGGUACAUUCCAUUCACAAUAUCAUAGUCAAAUUAUAGGCGAUCGCUUAUUUAGCAUGGAUUAUACGCCAGUGGAAGGCGGUCAGCUUGUCGUUGUUAAUGGACCGAUCGGUGAAUUGGGCAUCAGAUCGCUGCCUUACAACGAAGUGCGCGGCUAUGUGAUCAAUAUGCGCACCAAACAGGUGAUCUCAAAGUUCGGUCCUAACGAUAUGCAGUUUUCAAAUCCACAUGAUGUGGCCGUCACCAAGGAUGGCAAUGAAAUUUAUGUCGCCGAAUUGAAUCCGAUGCGUGUACAUAAAUUUCUACAUAAAACCGUGGCAAAAUCGAUGCCUUUGUCCGCUGCAAAAACAACUACGCUUAGCAAGAGCCACACAUUGAGUCCCUCCGGUCCCGAAUAUCAUGUGGAUGAAGUUUUGAUCAAAGCAAACGUCACCAACACGGACAAAGCAGCGCUAGGUGCAAGCGCACAUGAAAUGGAAGAGAUCUCAACGCAGCCAACAACAAAAACACAUCAUCCCGGUGGCACCGCCAUACUGGUGGCUUCACUAAUGUUACUUUUUGCUUCGCUAACAUUUAUGCUGGCAUUUAUUAUAGCUCGUCGACGCAAACGAGGUUGUUUGCCAUUUGGCGUGAAGAAUCGUCGCCAUGCCUGGGAUUUUCCCUCAAAGCCGGAAGGUUUCAAAUUGGGCGGUCUCCUGUUGGAUCGUGGCAAGCGUGGUGGUUUUGAGAAGCUCGAUCAAAAUGCCAGCGACGAAGAGAACGAAGCGUCUACGAAUAUGCUGACUAGUGCGCCAUUUGCUUAAGCACUUACAUUGUACGUAUAUGUAUGUAUGUACAUGCCUACGCGUAUGUAUGUCUGUAUGUGUGUAUAGCGCGCAUUAACGCCUACAAGCUUUAUUGACGAAAUGAAGACUAUCUGAUUUCUUAUGACGUCAUUAUAUGGAAUCUUAUGACUCGGAGAGUAUAAACUUUUUUUUGAUUGAUUAGACUGCGUUCACAAGAGGGCUGCUUUUGUCGUCCACCUUUUGACGUUUACACGAGCGACACGAGUCCCUUUUACCCAAAUUCUUGUACGCUUCAUGUACGCAAUGCACAAAACCAUUUUUCGAUUAGCUAAUUGUAACCUUUAUCCAACCAUGGAAAGGUUUUCUAAAUUAAAUGGAAUGCCGAAGUCCCUAGCAACGCUCUGUUACGAACAAAAACACAAACAGCACCACUCAAGCAUGAUCGGUUCCGUUCCCACGACGGUCGGUCGGAUCUAAGUAACCGGAACAGACCCGGAUUUUUAUCCGGUCCAAUACUAUCAACUCGGCAUCAUACAACGAAAUUACUACAGGAAUGCUUUCUGUCGCUAAAAAAACAACAGCACGAGCGGUUCCAUUUCCACCACGGUCGGUUCUAAGUAACCGGUAUAGACCCGGAUAUCUUUACUCGACCCCGUACUAACAACUCGUCGCCAUACCUUGAGAUUACUUCAGGAAUGCUUUUUGCCGCUAACAAAACAACAACAACAACUCGAGUGUACGGACCCUUCAUCUUUUAUUGUCGUUCCCUUGCUCACAAAAAAUAAACCGGUUUGGGCAACAAAAGCUGACUCGUGUGAACACAGUCUUGGCGAACUUUUCUUAGAACUGCUUGAGAAAUGAGUGAGACUUUAUUUUAGAGAUCAAACCUACAUACAGAUAUUUCAUGUCUCCUCAAAGGCCUUGGAAACUUUCCGGUUGGAUAACUGUUUUAGCAUCAAUUAUGAAACAUCUUGUCCAUAUAUGUAUGUAUGUAUGUGUAAACUAUUUAUAAUAAUUAAAGUCAACUUAAAUUGAUUCCAAAAAGAUUUCAUAAAAAUCUACGAGACUAGCGAAAAUUUCAAGAGAAAGUUUCCAGGGUUGAUCUGGUCAAAAAUUCAAAAACCGCAAAUUUGGAUGAAUGUCUGUAUGUAUUAAAUUUUCCAUUAUGAAAAGUUUGUGUAUUUGUGAUUAAAAAUUUUUAAAUGUUUUUGAGACCAAUAUUCUCGCAUUUUUUAAGUAUACUAAGUCAAAACUAACUGUGGCCAAAUUUUAUCUAUUAUCUAACUAUUGUUGUACAAAUUAAAUGUAUUUUAACUAUUUAUUAAGAUAUGAGUUAUAUUGUAUAGGGAUAUAAAUAAAUAUUGAACAAAUAUAU